AAUGCAGAAUCCAAUCUUAUCCCAUUUUUUACCAAAAACAAAACCAAUAACUCUCGUCAGAAAUGUCAUAGUUCUAUAUAAUGUGGUCCACCUCCCAUCUUCAACCCAACCUCUCUUUUUUAUCUUCAAUUAUAAACCAAUUCUACUCAUUUUCUACUAUCAAUAAUUCUCUAUUUAUUUUUCUCACAGUUGAAAUCAUAAAUUAAGAAAAAAAGAAUGGGGGACAAAAAGGCAAUUCCAACGCCGGUGAAACGGAUAGGGAGAUGGGUUCGAAGCCGAUCAGUGAGAGAGCAAGUAAGUUUGGGAGCAGGUGUUGCUUUCAUGAUUUUGGUAUUGUUGAAAAUAUUCGUGAAAUCGCACACCCACUUCUUUUUUGUUACUCAACUUGCUCAUUGUGCUGGAAUCUUGGUUUUAGUUUACAAACUAUCCAUCACCAAAACUUGUUCUGGUUUAUCAUUAAAAACUCAGGAGCUUACGGCAAUAUUCUUAGCCAUGAGAAUCAUAACGUAUUUCGGAUUCAUACGCGAUUUACAUGUUAUACUUGAUUCACUAACCCUUGCAUCUACUCUCUGGGUGAUCUAUAUGAUACGUUUCAAGCUAAAGAGCACCUACAUGCAAGAGCUUGAUAACAUGCCUUUGUAUUAUGUGUUGGUACCUUGUGCCGUGAUUGCAAUAAUUGGCCAUCCUGGAUGGCAGAUUCACAUUGUGACAAGAUUCUUGUAUGUGUACUUGAUGACAAUCGAAGCCGUUUCAGUGCUCCCUCAGCUUCGCUUAAUACAAAAUGCUAAGAUGGUUGAACCAUUUACUGCCCAUUAUGUCUUUGCCUUGGGUGUUGCAAGAUUCUUCGCAUGCGCAAAUUGGAUAUUCAUGCUUAUUGACACCAGAGGAGCAUACCUGACGCAAAUAGGGCAGGGCCAUCUCUACAUACUGGUGGCACUUAUCGCUGAGGUGGUUCAAACUUUCAUCCUGGCAGACUUCUGUUACUACUACGUUAAGAGUGUGAUAGAGGGACAGCGGACGAUGAGGCUACCUUCAUUUGUCUGAGAUCAGGAUUUGCCGAGGACUGCAGCAAUAAACUCUUCUCGUGGAAACGCAUAAGUUUGUACUAUAACUCUUGCUUUUGCACUCUCAACCCCAAACCCGGAUAAUAAAUAAAGGAAAUAGAGAGCUUGUUCCAGAUUCUUUGUAAGGUCCAGAGAUUUAUAUCUUUGAAAUUAACAUCUGAAUUCUGGUAACUAAAACCAAGAUGAGAAAAUGUAAAUUAUGCUAUUAUGUGAAGAACGUCUUAAGUUA